AAUUUAAUUUUAAGGGGACACCGAUAAUGUACACAACUGAACAAGGCGUGGCCAACAAAUCCACCAUCCGUCUAUACAUACAUUAGACAUUCUCCAAUACCUUAUCAUAGUCGUCUACAUUAAACACAAAAAUGGCUGCAGUACUGCAUGCACUUUCCUCAGUUGGGAGACAAUGCAGUUUAUUCGAAACUGAUAUUCUCGAUGCACCAAGAUUCAGCAAUUAUCUCCACAAGCCUGGGAGAGUGCAGAUGGCGGGGUUGCAAUUUAUCGCUACUCGGCGACACGAGAAGUGUCAGUCCUGUUACACAAGUAACCGUGAGUCCAUACAGCCUGUUUCUGCUGCCUCGGAGAGUCAGGCUACUGUAAUACCUGCGGCUUCUGCGGAAGUUGCGUCGGCUCAAUCUGUGUCGGCGCCAGCGUGGAGUAUCAAUGAUUUAGCGGCGCAGUUGAAAUUCAAGAAUUAUAAGCAGGAUGAAGUUUACGAACAAAUGGCAACAAAGUUGGAGAUUGAAAUUAGAAUGACGAUUGAAGAUGAGAUGGCCAGCAAUCCGUUAAAUUUCUUUGAGCUUAUUGACAACAUCGAACGAUUAGGCCUUGGCUACCGAUUUGAGAAAGAUAUAUCCACUGCACUCACUAAAUAUGUAUCACUUGAAGGAGCCCCUGAAUAUCACAACAGCCUUCACUCGACUGCUCUCAGAUUCCGCCUCCUUAGGGAACAUGGUUAUAAGGUCUCCCAAGAUGUGUUCCAGAGUUUCAAAGAUGAGAAUGGUGCCUUCAUGCCAAGCUUGCUCGCGGAUGUGAAAGGAUUGUUAAGCUUGUAUGAAGCUUCGUUUCUGGCCUUCCAAGGAGAAACCUUUUUGGAUGAGGCCAGAUCCUUUGCAAGAAAAGGGCUGGAGUAUGUGAUGCAAAAGACAGAGUCUAAGCUGCUAGCCAAAUUGAUAGGUCACACUCUGGCACUCCCUUGGUACCGUAGAACAUUGAGAUUCGCAGCCAGACCUUACAUAGAUGUAUACAGUAGAAUGGAAGAUUCAAAUGAGUUGCUUCUUCAACUUGCCAAGUUAGAUUUCAAUAUAGUGCAAUCUGCACUUCAGCAAGAUCUUGUACAAGUGAUGAGGUGGUGGCAGAAUAUAGGCUUAUCAGGAAAAUUAAGCUUCUCGACCAAGGAUAGUCUUUUACAAUGCUUCUUUUGGACUAUUGGUAUCUCAUUUGAACCUCAUUUAAGCGAUUCCAGAAUAUCUCUAACGAAGCUAGCUACAUUCUUAACUGUUAUUGAUGACUUAUACGAUGAUCAUGGAUCAGUGGAUGAACUAGAGCUUUUCACUGAUUCAGUCAGAAGAUGGAAUGUGGAUGCUGUGGACGACCUGCCAGAUUCAUUGAGGCUAUUUUUCCUAGCACUGUACAACACCGUCAAUGAGAUGGCCUACGAUGCUCUAAAAGAACACGGAGAGAACCCUCUACCACUCUUUAAAAAAGUGUGGGGAGACUUGUGCCAAGCCCUCCUGCAGGAGACCAAGUGGAACCAUGAAAAAAGCAUUCCAGAGUUGGACGAUUAUGUUGAGAAUGGGUGGCGCUCAAGCUCGGGGGUUGUUAUUUUAGCUCACGCCUUCCCUUUAAGGAGUCAAAAUAUAACAAAGGAGGCACUUGAUAUUCUAGCAAAAGACCAUCAUCUGCUCAAAUGGUCAAGCAUGGUUUUCCGGCUUUGUAACGAUCUGGCUAGUUUUACGCGUGAGUCAAAGAGCGGUGAAACUGCAAAUUCAGUCACCUCUUAUAUGUACCAUAAUGGCGUUUCUGAGGAUGUUGCCCGCGAGCACAUCAAGAAUUUGAUAGACGAUGCAUGGAAACAAAUGAACGAAGCUCGGGUUUCUCUAGAACCUCAAUUUUCAACAUCUUUCACUGAAGCGGCUAUUAAUCUGGCCAGGCUUUCCCAUAGUGCUUAUGGCAGUGGAGAUGACCAUAGAAUUCCUGACAAGAAAGCGAAGAAGCAAAUUUUUUCCUUACUAAUGGAACCUUUUCCAGUAACUCUUGGUUAACUACCUAUGCUCCCUGACCAAAUAUAUAGACUGUCACCCGCAUAAAUUCUUUAUUGGAUACAUUCUUUACAGCGUUUUUUUUUCUUCUGAAACUCUUUUAAUUUUACCUGUAAGCAGUUUGUUCUGUACCUCUGAAGGUGUUGUACAUGUAAUUUUUCAUGACAAGAAACUUAUUAUUAUUUUGUAAUGUGACAAAAGGUUAUGCCAAUAAAAUAACAGUUUUCUUUUUGUU